CCCGCCCCCUGCUCGGCGGCCGCGGGGCGCCCUGGGACAGCGGCGGGCGGGCGCGGGGAGCGCGCGGUCGGCCUGCGGGGCGGAUGAGGGUGCGGGUGGAGCCGAGGGGGCGGGGCGGGGCGCCCUGAGGUCGACCACCUCCCCGAAUGCCCGAGUGCCUGCCCCGGCCGAGCGAGCCGGACCCCGCGCGCUCGGGCCCUCACGGGGAGGCGCUGUGUGGGAGCGAGGGGCCCGGGCGUGAGGACCAGGCGUGCCGCACCCGCCCACCCACGGCUGCUAACGCUGUCGGUCCGGAGCGCCGCUCCGCCUUUGCAGACUCCUGAUGCCUCAUUCGCCCUUAGCCUCCCUUCCGUGCCGGUGCUGGGGGCUCAGGCCCUCUCAGGCCCUCCGCAGGUCCCACCCUCUCUCUACCCAGUCAGCGCCGUGCGGGUCCUCCCUCUCCCGGAGGAACCAUGAAGCCAAACAGAAGCGCCAGCGGGAGAAGCAGAUGGCGCUGGAGGCUGGGAUCACCCCGAAGGGCAAGGCACCUGCAGGAUCCAGUAAGGCCUGGACUCCUAAGGAGGUAGUGCUGUAUGAAGUCCCCACGGAACCGGGCGAAAAGAAAGAUGUGUACCGCCUCCUGCCUCCUGCAUACAGUCCUCGCUAUGUUGAGGCGGCCUGGUACUCCUGGUGGGUGCGAGAGGGCUUCUUCAAGCCGGAGUAUCAGACCAAGCUGCCCCAGGCCACAGGGGAGACAUUUUCCAUGUGUAUCCCACCUCCCAAUGUCACUGGCUCCCUACAUAUCGGUCAUGCACUGACAGUAGCCAUACAGGAUGCCCUGGUGCGCUGGCACCGGAUGCGUGGGGAUCAGGUGCUAUGGAUCCCUGGCUCAGAUCAUGCAGGAAUUGCUACACAAGCUGUGGUGGAGAAGCAACUGUGGAAGGAGCGAGGAAUGAGGAGACAUGAAUUGAGCCGGGAAAAAUUCCUUAGGGAGGUGUGGAAGUGGAAGGAUGAGAAAGGUGGAGAGAUCAGUGAGCAGCUCCAAGCUCUGGGGGCCUCCCUGGACUGGGACCGAGAGUGCUUCACUAUGGAUGCUGGCUUCUCAGUGGCCGUGACCGAAGCUUUUGUGCGACUCUACGAGGCAGGAUUGUUGUACCGGAGCCAGCAGCUUGUCAACUGGUCCUGCACUUUAAGAUCAGCCAUCUCGGAUAUUGAGGUGGAGAGCCGGCCCCUGCCUGGCCACACGGAGCUUCAACUGCCUGGCUGCCCCACUCCUGUGUCUUUUGGCCUCCUUGUGUCUGUGGCCUUCCCUGUGGAUGGAGAGCCUGAUGCAGAGGUCGUGGUAGGAACUACAAGGCCAGAGACGUUGCCUGGAGACGUUGCUGUGGCUGUUCAUCCCGACGACUCCCGAUACACACACCUGCAUGGGCGACAGCUUCGUCACCCCUUGACUGGGCAGCUUCUCCCCCUCAUCACAGACUCCACUGUUCAGCCACAUGUGGGCACAGGGGCAGUGAAGGUGACUCCAGCGCAUAGCCCUGCUGAUGCUGAGCUGGGGGCCCGACACGGCUUGAGCCCUCUGAGUGUCAUUGCGGAGGAUGGCACCAUGACCUCCCUCUGUGGGGACUGGCUACAGGGUCUUCACCGAUUUGUGGCCCGGGAAAAGAUUAUGUCUGCGCUGCAGGAGCGGGGCCUGUUCCGGGGCCUCCAGAACCACCCCAUGGUGCUUCCUAUUUGCAGCCGUUCUGGGGAUGUGAUAGAAUAUCUACUGAAGAGCCAGUGGUUUGUCCGCUGCCGGGAGAUGGGGAACCGAGCUGCCCAGGCCGUGGAGUCAGGGGCUCUGGAGCUCAGUCCAUCCUUCCACCAGAAGAACUGGCAGCACUGGUUUUCCCACAUCGGGGACUGGUGUGUCUCCCGGCAGCUGUGGUGGGGCCAUCGGAUUCCCGCCUACCUGGUUGUAGAGGAGCACAUGAAGGGUGAUAGAGAAGACUGUUGGGUGGUUGGGCGGACAGAGACCGAGGCCAGAAAAAUAGCUGCAGAACUGACUGGGAGAUCAGAGGCAGAGCUGACCCUGCAGAGGGAUCCUGAUGUUCUGGACACAUGGUUCUCUUCGGCUCUUUUCCCCUUUGCUGCCCUGGGCUGGCCCCAAGAGACCCCAGACCUUGCUCGUUUCUACCCCCUGUCACUUUUGGAAACAGGCAGUGAUCUCCUGUUGUUCUGGGUGGGCCGCAUGGUCAUGUUGGGGACACAGCUCACAGGGCAGCUCCCCUUCACCAAGGUGCUUCUUCAUUCCAUGGUUCGGGACGGGCAGGGCCGGAAGAUGAGCAAGUCCCUGGGGAAUGUAUUGGACCCACGAGACAUCAUCAGUGGGGUGGAACUGCAGGUGCUGCAGGAAAAGCUGAAGGACGGGAACUUGGACUCCACCGAGCUGGCGAUUGCGGCUGCGGGACAGCUGUGUAGGCAUCUGCCACCCCUCUUAUCCCUCUGGUUGCAGAGGAAGGACUUCCCUCAUGGGAUCCCUGAGUGUGGGACAGAUGCCCUGCGAUUUGCCCUGUGCUCCCACGGGGCCUUGGGGGGCGAUGUACACUUGUCCGUCUCUGAGGUCUUGAGUUCCCGGCAUUUCUGCAACAAAAUCUGGAAUGCCCUGCGUUUUAUCCUCAAUGCCUUAGGAGAGGGAUUUGUACCGCAGCCUGCAGAGGAGCUAUCCCCCUCAUCCCCCACGGACGCCUGGAUCCUGAGCCGUCUGGCCCACACUGCCCAGGAGUGUGAGCGAGGCUUCCUUGCUCGGGAGCUGCCACUCAUCACCCAUGCCCUCCACCACUUCUGGCUCCACAGCCUCUGUGAUGUCUACUUGGAAGCUGUGAAGCCAGUGCUUUCGCACUCACCCCAUCCCCAAGGCCCACCCCAGGUCCUGUUCUCCUGCGCUGAUGUGGGUCUCCGCCUCCUUGCCCCACUGAUGCCGUUCCUGGCUGAAGAGCUCUGGCAGAGGCUGCCCCCCAGGCCUGGCAGCAACUCUGCCCCUAGCAUCUCUGUUGCUUCCUACCCCACCACCCACAGCUUGGAGCACUGGCGCCAGCCUGCGCUGGAACAACACUUCUCUCAGGUCCAGGAGGCUGUGCAGGCACUGAGGGCCCUCCGAGCCACGUACCAGCUCACCAAGGCCCGGCCCCGAGUACUGCUGCAGAGCUCAGAGCCUGGAGAGCUGAGCCUCUUCAAGCCCUUCCUGGAACCCUUGGCCACCCUGGGCCACUGUGGGGCCGUGGGCCUGUUACCCCCAGGUGUAGUGGCACCCUCCGGCUGGGCUCAGGCCCCACUCAGUAACACCAUUCAGGUGUACAUGGAGCUACAGGGCCUGGUGGACCCCCAGGCCCAUCUGGUUCUGCUAGCUGCCCGAAGACGCAAGUUGCAGAAGCAACUGGAUGGCCUCAUGGCCUGGACCCCGUCAAGGGGAGAGGAAGAGACUAAGAGGCAGCAGAGGCUUUCUUCCCUCCAGCUGGAGUUGUCAAAGCUGGACAAGGCAGCCUCACACCUCCGGCAGCUGAUGGAUGCAUGUCCCAGCCCCAAGGAGCUCUGAGCACCAGUUCAUUAACCCUGGGGGUUUUCUUCUCCCUCAGACCUGCCUUUGGGACAAACUGAUCUGGCAGCGUCAGAGCAUGAUGGGUCCUCUGAGACCAUGCGGCUCACCUCCCUCAUUUUGUAAAAUGAGGAAACAGACUGGCUUGUUCAGCAUCACUGGGUGUCUUUAAGAUGUUCACAUUCCUGCCCAGCCUUCCUCCUAGGCAGUGCCACCUGGAAGUUUAGGAAUGAGAUAAACUUUUAAAAUCUCAAACAUUAUGGCCUGUGGUCCUUUUAUCCAUCUUUCCCUUUGUGGUGACUUUCUUGCCUCUCAAUUAUUAUUAUUAUUUUUAAAGAUUUUAUUUAUUUAUUCAUGAGAGACAGGCAGAGUCACAGGCAGAGGGAGGAGCAGGCUCCCCACGGGGAGCCCAAUGUGGGACUCGAUCCUGGGACCCCAGGGUCAUGUCCUGAGACUUUGGUCUUAGCCUUGGGCUCUGGGCUGCAGUGGGAGUGUAGGAGCUGGCGGUGCCUGCCUCAUUGGAAGAAAGAGCUUCCAGUAGGGUCUGGCCGCAGUGACUCGGGUUCUACCUACUUAGAAUUAUUGACGGUGCCUUGGCUUCUGCAGGCCCUUCUUCCUCACCAAAUGGAAGCUCCUCUGUUCCUUGGUCUUAUCUUGGGGGGAUGCUGGAGAAGAGCAGGUACUUCUCUAGCCCCGAGGAGCGACAAGGUACGCUGGGGCUUGAGUGCCACUCCCGUUCUGUGUCCCUGACACUGGAGAGCCAGGGACAUGUUGCCCAGCCUCUGACACAUGCACAUCCCCACUGAUGCUUUGGGUCUUCCCCAUGAAGUUCAGGGGCCUGCCUCUUUACAUGCCCAAGUUAUAUUCUGUCCAGCAGCUCUGAGUAGCUACUAUUUAUGGUGGACGUGUUAGAGUCUGGGUCUUCCAUGAUGCCACUGAGCACCUCAGGAAGUGACUUUUUGCUUCAUUUUGGAAAUGAAGAAAUGUGCUCCGAGAAUAAAAGUAACUUGUCUGAAGUAUCAACUGGGAUUCAACCCAUUAAACAGGUGCAGGUUCAUUUGGGGUGCUGUAAGCAAGCUUCAAAUAUAAUGGCGACUUAGGCAAGGAGGGCAUUUCUGCUGGGCAGAGGCAGGGCAGGGCUCUCCAGUAGUGGAGGCCCACACCCUGCUGAAUCUUCUUUCUUGCCAUUCUGAUACAUUCCUUCCAACUGUGUCUAAGAACUGUCGCAGCCCACCACCCCCUCAUUCCACCCAGAGGGAAGAAGGAGAGAAGGAGGUGGGCAACAGUUUCCUUUCUGUCUCCCCAACCCCCUAUUCAACAAGUACUUCUUGAGUACUUAACUUACUUAACUACUCUGCGCUGGGCCCUAUUCUGGGCCUUUUAGAUUCAUUAGUAAAUGAAACAAAGAUCUUG